AUGCCGCCCCACGGAGGGGUGUUUGUGGGUCUCUGGCUGCUGCUGACCCCCAGUCUCGCCGAGUUCCCUCCCAGCACAGGGGGAGCCACCCUGGCCUUCGUGUUCGACACCACGGGCUCCAUGUACGAUGACCUGGUGCAGGUGAUGGACGGGGCCUCGCGCAUCCUGGAGCGGACGCUUGGCAGAAGCACGAAGCCCAUCAGCAACUACGUCCUGGUCCCCUUCCAUGACCCAGAGGUGGGACCUGUCACCCUCACCGCAGACCCCCAGCUCUUCCAGCAGCGCCUGCGGGAGCUCCACGUCCAGGGUGGAGGGGACUGUCCAGAGAUGAGCGUGGGAGCCAUCAGAGUGGCUGUGGAGGUCUCGCACCCCGGUUCCUUCGUCUACGUCUUCUCAGAUGCUCGAGCCAAGGACUACGAGCAGCAGGAGGAGUUGCUGCGGCUGCUGCAGCACAAGCAGACCCAGGUGGUGUUUGUGCUGACGGGGGACUGCGGGGACAGGAGCCACCCUGGGUACCGUGUGUACGAGCGCAUUGCAGCCACCAGCUCAGGGCAAAUCUUCCACCUGGACAAGCAGCAGGUGACGGAGGUGCUGAAGUGGGUGGAAGAGGCCAUCCAGGCCUCCAAAGUCCAUUUACUGUCCAUGGACCAUGAGGACGGUGGAGAGCACACGUGGCCCGUCCUCUUCGACCCCAGUCUGAAGGAGGUGACCAUCUCCCUGAGCGGCCCUGCCCCACAGAUCCAGGUCCGGGAUCCAGCAGGAAAGGUCCUUGAGAAAGGCCAAGGUCUGAAGGAGCUGCUCAGCAUCCCCAACUCAGCCGUGGUGGUGGCUGUGGAGCCCCAGCAGCCAGGGACGUGGUUGGUCACGACCCAGAGCAGCGGCCGCCACUCGCUGAGGAUCACGGGCAUCAGCAGCAUUAGUUUCCAAGCCAGCUUCUCCACCCAGCUGGACGUCGACACCAGCCAGCCUGGGGAGCGGCCAGUGCAGGGUCUGCCCAUCUCCGUGGUGGUAAACUGCACCGGUCUGAAGCCUCCUGGGCGCUUGCAGGAGUUCGAGCUCUUCAACACCUCUGGCCAUCCCCUCCUCUCACUGCCUGCCCGGCCCCUCUCCAAUGCCUCCUCGGGGCAGCUCUGGGUGGGCUCACUGCUCCGCGUCCCCCCUGGUGACUUUCUGCUGAAGGUGAAGGGUGAAGACCCCCAGGGCCACCCCCUGCACCGUCUCUCUGGAGUCACCUACACCAGUGUGGUCCCUGGUCUACCCAAAGUAAACAUCUCCAGCAAGAUCCAGGCCUACAGCCGUGAGCCGCAGCUGAUCUCCUGCUCCGCAUGGAGUGAGAUCCCUUUCCGCCUGCAGCUCAGUCGGGGUAGAAUGAAGCUUGGGGAAGAGCAGCUCUUCAGGGGAUCAGGGAACAUCAACUGUGCUGUAUCCAAGAGCGAUGAAGGGUUUUACGAGUGCACAGCCACAAGCAGAGUUGGGGCAGCCCGAGCUCGUGCCUACGUCUCCAUCUCAGAGUCGCCACCACGUCUCACAGCCCUGGACAACAUCACAGCUUCACCAGGCCAGGACGUGGUCAUGUCCUGCCCGGUUGUGAGUGAGGUGCCCUACAACCUGACAUGGAGCUGGGAUGGGAAGGCAGCACAGCCCCGGACCCGGCUGCUGCAGAACCAAUCGCUGGAGAUCCGCAAUGUGCAGCCGGGGGACGGGGGCCUGUAUGAGUGCGUGGCACGGAGCAUCCACGGCACCACCACUGCAUCCCUCUGGCUCCUCAUCCAGGAGGCGCCGUGGGUGCAGGUCGACGCCAGUCCCCAGCAUUUCAGCAGGGGCCAGGAGCUGCGGCUGAACUGCACAGCUGGGGGGUACCCCCCACCCCGCACCACCUGGAAGCGCUGGGGCUGGGCGCUGGAGCAGGACAAGAGGGUUUUCAUGGAUGCUGAGGGCACCUUGCACAUCAGGGCUGCUGUCCCCGAGGAUGUGGGGAAUUACAGCUGCUAUGCCAGCAGCGCGCUGGGCUGGGAUGAGCGAGUCGUCUCCCUGGAGUUCACUGAGCCUUCUACCAUCCUGGCAGUGACGCCCAGCCUGAAGGCACUGGUGGGAGAAGACGUGACCUUGGAGUGCUGGGUUUCGGGAGUGCCCGCACCUCAUGUCGCGUGGUACAAAGGCGAGCAGCCGGUGGCAGCGUUUCCCCCCGGCACACAGCGGGCCGUGCUGCGGCUGCAGGCGGUGCAGGAGGAGGACGCAGGGCGGUACGUCUGUGAGGCUCUCGGUGAGGCCAGUGUCGCCUUCAAUGACACCGUACUGGACGUGGGCUCUGCUCCUCAGUUCCUGGAGCCCCUUGACGACAUGGCAGUCGAGAUUGGGGACAGCGUGCGCCUGUGGUGCCGCACCGAGGGCUCUCCCCUGCCGCAGGUCACCUGGUCCCGGCAGGACAGGGAGCCCGUGACGGGCUGGCAGGGGCCAUGGAGUGUGUCCAGCCAGCCAGGGGCUGCUGAGCUCCUCAUUGAUGAUGCCUCGCUGGAUGACCAAGCUGUCUAUGUCUGUGAAGCCCAGAACGAGUUUGGGAAAAUCCAAGCGGAGGUCAAGCUCACAGUCACUGGACACGCAGCCCCCGAAAUAGCUCUUGCAUCCCCUGUGCUCCAUGUGCUCCCAGGCCAGCCGGUGUCUCUGCCCUGUGUGAUCCUGGCUGGGAGGCCAUUCCCAGCCCGACGCUGGCUGAGGGACGGGCAGCCGGUAGCCCCAAGCAGCCGCUACUCCAUCCAGGCUGAUGGGAGCCUGCACAUGGACCAGGCGUCACACAGGGAUGCAGGGACCUACACCUGCGAGGUGACCAACGCCCUUGGCUCACACAGGCAGGAUGUGUCUCUGGUCGUUCACGUUCCUCCCAGCAUUGAGCUUGGCCCUGUCCUCAUCACUGCCAUUGAGGGAGAGGCUGUCGCCCUGCAGUGCAAUGCCACUGGCGUGCCCCCCCCUACAGUCACCUGGAUGAAGGUGGGUGACGGGUACAGGCAGGCUGCCAUCCUGCGGCCAGCCGGGCUGUGGGUCACCCUCUGGUGUGGGGGCACAGAGCCAAUCUCCCUGAGCCCACGCUACCACCUUGACCCUGAUGGGACCCUCCUGAUCCCUUCGCCCUCCCCCAGGGAUGCUGGGACCUAUUUCUGCACAGCUACCAAUGCAGUGGGCUUCUCCAGCCAGGAGAUGCAGCUCUCCGUCAGCACAAAGCCCAGGAUCAGCGUGAACGGAUCGCAGGCAUUGGACCCCAUAACCAUCCUGGCUGUGCUUGGGCAGGAGACCACCCUGCCCUGUGACGUUCAGGGCUAUCCCCCUCCCCUUGUGGUGUGGACACAGGAGUCCCAGCCACUGCAUCUCACCACUACGAGGUACAGCGUCCUCCCUUCGGGGUCCCUCCGACUGGCCAAGCCCCAGGUGACCGACACCGGCCUCUACACCUGCACAGCCACAAAUGCUGCAGGGAAUGCCUCACUCAGCUAUAGCCUGCAAGUCCAAGCUCCCCCUCAGCUGCUGAUCGGUGAUGGGGAAAGCCACCUGACGGCCACCGCCAAUGACUCCUUGAAGAUUUACUGUCGUGCCAUGGGCAUCCCCACACCCCAGAUCCAAUGGCUGAAGGAUGGGCAUCCACUGGGAGAAUGGGAUGGUGUGGUGGUGUCUGAGGACAGUGGGACUCUGCUGAUCGCUCGUGUGGGGCUCAUCCAUGAAGGGCUCUACAUCUGCCAGGGCAGCAGCUGGGCAGGGGUGGUCCAGGCAGAGGUGCGGGUUUCAGUGCAAGUGCCUCCGAACAUCGAACCCAGUGAGGUGGACCUGACCGUCCUGGAGAACAGCACGGUGUCCCUGGACUGCCUGGCCUCGGGGCUGCCUGCUCCCAGCAUCGCCUGGUACAAGGGACAUGAGAAGCUCUCGGCCAGGCCAGGCCAGACCCUGUCCAGGGAUGGGAAGUGCCUGGAGAUCCAGCGUGCCCAGCUCUUGGAUGCUGGCAGCUACCGCUGCGUGGCCUCUAACGUGGCUGGUGUCACCGAGCUCUGGUACAGCCUGGAGGUGACUGUGCCCCCACGGAUCACAGCUGGCCCAAGCCCUAUCACGGUGGUGACGAACAACCCAGUGAUACUGCAGUGUGAUGCCGUGGGGACCCCAGCUCCAGUGCUGCUGUGGCUGAAGGAUGGCAACCCAGUGAGCAACGUGGGGACAGGUGGCCCACAGGUCCUCUCUGGUGGGCGUGUGCUGUCUCUGCCCACUGCUCGCCUCCAGGACUCAGGGACAUACACGUGUGUGGCCAGCAGUGCUGCGGGGGAGGACAGACACCAGGCCACCCUCGAGGUGCAGUUGCCACUUGCUGCCCUGGGUGAGGAGGAAAACAUCUCUGUCGUCGUCAACCAGACAGUGACCCUAGAGUGCCCGUCCCCUGGCAUCCCCCUUUGGGAGUCCCACUGGCUGAAAGAUGGCAACUUGCUCAUCCUAAAGCCAGGCAUGUGGCUGUCUGUGGAGGGGACUGUGCUCCAGAUCGAGCGAGCCACUGUGCAGGAUGCGGGCAGGUACACGUGCAGGACACCCAGCCACCCAGAGAAACACUACAGCCUCGACGUGUGGGUGCCCCCGUCCUUCUCCUCAGCAGAGCCUGCCACUGUGGCCGUGCUGGAGGGGCAGUCCGUCAGGCUGGCCUGUGACUGCUACGGGAUCCCCUUCCCCACCCUGCGCUGGUGGAAGGACGCACUGCCGAGGAUCCAGAGCAGCAGCAAAGCCCCAAGGAAGGUUUCUGUUGUCAAGGCUGGCGAGACAGUUCUGGAGUGCGAGGCCAUGGGGACGCCACCGCCCAUGGUGACAUGGGUGAAGGAUGGGCAGCCUGUGGCUGGCGAGGAUGGGCUCCUGCUUAUGGAGCAGGGCAGGCGGCUGCGCAUUCCCAAGGCUGAAGUGGCCCAUGCAGGACGCUACGCUUGCCUGGUGGCAAAUGCAGCAGGGCAGGAGCGAAGAGAGUUUGACCUUGCGGUUCAUGUUCCUCCUGAAUUUAUUCAAGCAUCAGGAUCAACUACCAAUGUCAGCAUCUCUCUGCAUGGAGCCCUGACACUGACCUGCGAGGCCACCGGCAUUCCCCUGCCCAAAGUCACCUGGUUCUGGCAUGGUUCUCCCAUCACCCCCAGUGAGCACACACAUGUGCUUUCAGGGGGCUGGGUGCUGAGGCUCCCCCGUGCACAAGCCCAGGAUGGUGGCCACUAUUCCUGCCUGGCCAGCAAUGUAGCUGGGGAGGCCAGGAGGCAUUUCCACGUGGAGGUCCUAGUUCCUCCCCACAUCGAGAACGCUGAUGAAGAAGAGACCAUCAAAGUGCCCGAGGGUCACCCUGCCACCAUGUCCUGCCUGGCUGCAGGCAACCCCCAGCCCAAGAUCGCCUGGCUGAAAAAUGGACACCCUCUGCCCAAUGAAGACACCUUCUCCACCUCCCUUGAUGGCUCCAUGCUCCACAUUCCCCGAGCAUCCCUCUCUGAUGCUGGUCGCUAUUCCUGUGUGGUGUCCAGCUCUGUGGGGAGUCAAACCAAGCACUACCUGCUAGAUGUUUCAGCCAGUCCUGCCUUUGCUGGAGAUGCCCACGAUGCCACCACUGAGGAAGUAACAGUGAUCAUCAACAACCCCAUCUCCCUGGUCUGUGAGGCUCUGGCCUAUCCAUCUCCCAACAUCACCUGGCUCAAGGACGAGGUUCCCCUCAAGAUGUCUAGAAACAUCCACCUAUUCCCUGGUGGCCAUGGUCUGCAGAUCCUGAAUGCCCAGGAAGAGGACACGGGCACGUACAGCUGCAUUGUGGCUAAUGAAGAUGGGGAGGCCAUGAAGAGCUACUCUGUGAAGGUCCUGGUCCCUCCUUGGAUUGCCAGAGAUGACUCUUCGGAGGAAUUUGCCAUGAAAGAGGUAAAAGCCAGGGUCAACAGCACCGUGACCCUGGAGUGCGAGACCUGGGCUGUGCCCAAGCCAACCAUCCAGUGGUACAAGGAUGAGCAGCUCCUGGAAAGCACUGGCCACCUCCAGAUUCUCCACAAGGGACAGGUCCUUCAGAUCAAACCAGCUGGUGUCUCAGAUUCGGGGCACUACACCUGUGUGGCCACCAACGACGUGGGUGAAGAUGACAGGGACUUCAUUGUGCAUGUCCAAGUGCCACCCCUCUUCCAGCAGCAGACCAGCUCCAAUGAAGCCCUUGAGAUCUUCUACCAGGAAGAAGAUGAGGAUGGGGAGGUGACAGAGUACCGCCAGGCUGUCCUUGACCAGCCCACCUCACUCUACUGUGACACCAACGCCAUCCCACCCCCCCGGCUCACCUGGUACAAGGAUGGGGAGCCCCUCUCCCCUGGCCCAGGAGUGCUAAUGCUGCUAGGGGGCCGGAUGCUGCGGCUGCGGGCGGUGCGGGAGGAGGACGCAGGCAGGUACACCUGCGAGGCAGCCAAUGCGGCGGGACAAGACCGCCUGCACUACGAGCUGGAAGUGCUGGCCGCCCCAGCCAUCCAUGGUGACACGGAGGACUUGGAUGAGGAGGUGAUGGCCACCAUCAAUGGUACCAUUCGCUUUGAGUGUGAAGCCACCGGACACCCGGUGCCUGCAGUGUCCUGGCUCUGGAACGAUGUCCCUAUUGUGGUUGGCCCACGGCAUCAGCUCCUGGAGGGCGGCACGGUCCUGCAGGUGACCUCAGUGGAGGCAGAUGACACUGGCAGCUACACCUGCGUGGCUGAAAACCCAGCUGGGUCAGCCGAGAAACACUUUGUCCUCACUGUGCAGGAACCACCCCGGAUCAUGGGUGCAAACCCUGAAAGCAUUGAUGGUAUCACCAAUGGCAGCGUCUCGCUGGUGUGUGAUGUUCAGUCCCACCCCACUGCAGAGAUCUCCUGGUACAAGGAUGGCCGUGUCCUGCAGCCCAGCGAGGAGGUGACUGUCACCCCAGGCUCGGGGGUGCUGCAAAUCCCUCACCUCCAGCUCUCCAGCUCGGGGAUUUACACGUGCGUGGCGCUGAAUGCAGCUGGCCGGGACGAGAAGAGCUUCAUCCUCAGUGUCCAUGACAUCCAGGACCUGCAGCAGGAGACACUCGACGCCGACGUGGGGACCCCUCUUGUCCUGACCUGCCAUGUCACCGGUGUGCCCGCACCCUCUGUCAUCUGGCUGAAGGAUGGGAGCCCUCUGGAAAGCAGCCCAGAACAGGGCCUGGUGUUUGGGGGAGGACAGCUCCAGCUCAGCCCCCUGCAGCCCCUCCACCAGGGCCGAUACACCUGCCUGGUGCGGGGCCUGCCCACCACAACACGCAGGGACUUCAUAGUGCUGGUGCGAGUGGCACCCCGGAUCACCAGUGCAGGCAUUCCCAGCGAGCACAGUGUGCUGGAGGGCAGGGGCGUGAGGCUGGAGUGUGAGGCGGAGGGGCAGCCCACCCCUCACAUCUCCUGGCUGAAGGACGGGCAGCCCCUCAGGCUGCAGCCCCCUUCACGCGCCCGGAUGUCCCCGGAUGGCAGCUCCCUGCUCCUGGAGGGGCUCCAAACCGCUGAUGCUGGGGCAUACACCUGCCUGGCCCAAAACAGCGUGGGUGAAGAUGCACGGCUGCACACUCUGAACGUGCUGGUCCCCCCCGCCAUCGAGAGAAGUGCUGAUGACUCAGAUGUGGUCCGUGGAGUCCUGUCCUCAGUGGUGACGCUGGAGUGCCAGGCACGGGGGUCCCCUCCACUGCAUGUGAGCUGGCUGAAGGACGGGCUGCCCCUGCGCCUGUCCCCCCGCGUCACCCUGCUCUCGUCGGGGCACGUUCUCCGGAUCUUCCAGGCACAGGUCUCUGACGCUGGGCUCUACACCUGCAUCGCCUCCAGCCGGGCAGGGGUGGCCGAUCGCAGCUUCGUCCUGCAGAUACGGGUGCCCCCUGUCCUGGAGAGCCCUGAGAGCAGCGAGGAGCAGAUGGUGGCUGAGGGCUCCAAUGUGACUUUUACCUGCGAAGCCACUGGGUCCCCAACACCGGAGGUGACCUGGCUGAAGGACGGCAAGCCCCUGGCACGGCAGGGCAACUGGGUGCCUGGUAGCCCGCGGCUAAACCUGGUGGCCGUGGGGCCGGACAAUGCGGGGGUGUACUCCUGCCUGGCAGCAAACGAGGUGGGGGAGGCCAGCAAAGCCUUCCACCUUCUGGUGAUGGAGCCACCCCGCAUCGAGGAUGCGUCCCAUCCCACUGAGAUGUCCAUCGCCGUGGGCACCCCGUUAGAGCUGAUGUGUGUGGUGACGGGUGUCCCUGUCCCCUCUGUCACCUGGGAGAAGGAUGGACGGCUCCUGGCAGGGCCCUGGCUCCUGUUGGGGAAUGAGAGCACCCUCCACAUCGAGAACACUAAGGUGGCCGACGCUGGCUUGUACACCUGCCUGGCUGCUAGCGGGAGGACAGCAGGAGCUUCCACGGCCACCAAUGCCCUUGGGGCCACCAACAUGCUGGGGGAUGCUGGCCUGCGUGUCCAUGUACAAGUUCACGUGGCCCCGGAGAUCGAGCCAGGCCCUGAGGAGGUGAAGGUGCUGCUGAAUGGCUCGGUGGUGCUGCCGUGCCAGGCACAAGGGUGGCCUGUGCCCCGCGUGACGUGGCGGAAGGAUGGCCGGCUUCUGCCUCUCCGUGGGACCAACAGGCUGCAGCUCCUGCUCAGUGGGUCCCUGCAAAUCGACCCCAUUCAGGUCCAAGAUUCAGGCCAUUACCUCUGCAUGGCAUCCAGCCCAGCCGGUUCUGACCGACGAAGCCUGGACCUCCAUGUCCUGGUCCCUCCCACCAUCGCCUCCAGGCUCUCCAACCUCACCCUGCUGGCCCAGCACCCGGCCACGCUGGGCUGUGAUGCCUGGGGAUCCCCUGAGCCCCAUGUCAGGUGGGAGAAGGAUGGGCAUCCCCUGAACCCGCACCUCCCGCCCAGCGCCUACAGUUUGCAGUCCUCGGGGUCACUGCUCAUCGCCAGCCCUGGUCCCCGGGACGAGGGGCGGUUUGAGUGCAUCGCCACCAACGCUGCUGGAGAGGCACGCAAGGUUUUCCUUGUGUCUGUCCAUGUGCCCCCCACCAUUGCCGAUGACCUUACAGAUGUGGCUGUCACCCGGCUGUCCCCUGCGGUCCUCACCUGCUAUGCCUCUGGUGUGCCCCCACCCACGGUAUCAUGGAGCAAGGAGGGGGCUCAGCUGGGCAGCCGAGGAGGCGGGUACCGCGUCCUGCCCACAGGGGCCCUGGAGAUCAGGCAGGCAUUGCCUGCACAUGCCGGCCGCUACACCUGCACAGCGAGGAGUGCUGCUGGCACAGCCCGAAAACACCUCCGGCUCACAGUGCACGAGCCCCCUGCCUUGAAGACCCUGCCUGGCAUGGUGAUGGUGAUGGUCAACACCAGCGCGGUGCUGUCCUGCGAGGCGACCGGCAUCCCCCGGCCCGAGAUCAGCUGGCAGAAGGACGGUGUCAGUGUCGUUGGAGGGCCCAGGUUGAAGGUGCUUCCCAAUGGGCAGCUGCAUCUCCUUCGGGCCUCCCUGGUGGAUGCGGGCACCUACCUGUGCGUGGCUCACAACCCCUCGGGCACCGCUGCGGGGAGGACCAGGCUGAUCGUGCAAGUGCCCCCUGUCAUCGUGGCCAGCCCGGUGGAGCUGGCUGUCCUGGAGGGGCUGGAGGUGCUGCUGCCCUGCACCGCCCGUGGUGUCCCCGAGCCUCGCGUGUCCUGGAGCCGGGAGGGAGCCCUGGUGUGGGGUGGUGGGGGGAAGGCCACCAUCCUGCCCUCCGGGGACCUGCUGCUCCGGGAUGUCCAGGAAGGGGAUGCCGGGAGCUAUUCCUGCACUGCUGUGAAUUCGGCUGGGAGAGCUGUCCACCGGCUCUUCCUCUCCGUUCUCACCCUGCCCACCUUCACCCACCAGCCCACAGACAUUGCCUUGAGCCGGGGUGAGAGGCUGGAGCUGGUGUGUGCUGCCAUGGGCAACCCCCAGCCCCGCAUCUCCUGGACAGCCAACGGGGAGCCUGUCACUGAGGCACCCAUCAUACAGGGGGACCCCAGCACCUACCAAGUGGAGCCCCCUGGAGGCAAUGUGCUCCUUGACUGCGACGCCCGGGGCCACCCCAUGCCCCUCGUCCACUGGAGUAAGGACGGGGUGCCUGUGGUGGCCAAUGGGCACCUGCACCAGCUGCAGAAUGGCUCCUUGGCCAUCCACAGUGUGGGGAGUGAUGACACAGGGCACUACCGCUGCGUGGCAGAGAAUGACAUGGGCACGGCGGCAAAGGUGGUCACCCUGGCCCUGCAGAGUGCCCCUGUGGUGGUAGUGACACCGCGAGCGGUGGCCGUGCACACCGGGCAGCGGCCCCUGCCUGAGGGUCCACGUGCCCACGUCCUGCCCAACGCCACCCUGCUCCUGCCCUCUGUCACCCGCCGGGAUGCUGGCAGCUACUCCUGCCUUGCUCGCAACGCCUUGGGGUCUGCCAUGGCCCAUGUUUCCUUGGCUGUCCAAGGGGAGCCACGCCAGGUGCGGGGCAGCCUGCUCGGUGUCGUCAAUGCCCAUGAGGUUGGUGUUGCCAGCCUUGAUGCCAAUGUGCUGGAUGACCCACGCUCUGGCACCACUGCCAUCCAGAGCAGCAUCAGCAGCAUCCCACCCACCGUUGGGCCACUGAUGCGGGUGCUGGUUGCCAUUAUGGCCCCCAUUUACUGGUCCCUGGCACACACCAGCAGGGAGGCCCAGAGCGGGUUCCUGCUUACCCAUGGCACCUUUCGGCACGAGUCACAGCUGGAGUUUGCCACAGGGGAGCUGCUGCGGGUCACCCAUCUCGCCCGGGGCAUGGAUGCCACUGGUGCUCUGCUCUUGGACACUGCUGUCAGUGGCUACGUGCCGGAGAGCAUCAGUGAUGCCACAGUGCUGCUGCAGGAUUUCAGGGAGCGCUAUGUGCAGACAGGCAUGGGGCAGCUCUCGGGGAGCUCAGUGCAGAGCUUCCUGCUGGACGGGCGCAUUGUCCGUGCCCGCUGCAAUCACACCAUCGUGUACAACCCCGCCGCGGGCCCACAGCCCCACCGGGUGCAGCAUGCCCGGGCCAGUGCCAUCAAAACCUCCUAUGACCCAGCCUUGCAGGUGCUCCACUUCCAGCUCCACGCCUCGCUUGAUGCAGGUGAGAGGAUUGCCAGGCAUGGGGAUGGAAGUGCUGGCUCCCUCGUUGAUAUCGAUGAAUGCGCCGAGGGGUCUCACGCCUGCCGCUACAACCAGCUCUGCCAGAAUGUUGCAGGGACCUAUAGCUGUGCCUGCCCUCCUGGUUACCAUUCACUGGGUGCAGGUUGGCCCUGCUUAGACAUAAAUGAGUGCCUGCAGAUUCCUCCUCCCUGUGCCUUUGGAUGCCACAACCUGAGGGGCUCCUACGAGUGCCUGUGCCCCUCAGGCAGGACCCUGCUGUCAGGUGGAGAAUGUGGCGCCAUGGGGGCAGAUAGAGGGGGGACAACAGGCAGCACUCCCCAGGACACCCCUCUGCGCUGGCUGGGGCCCAGCAGUCACCCCCGGGGUCGAUCCUUCUACACCCAACUCACCUUGCGUCGCGUGGCCAAGGCUGCUGGGUUGGGUGCCCGGGGACCACCCUGUCCCAUGGGCUUCGUCUUGAGGAAUGGCACCUGCAUGGAUCUCGACGAGUGCCAGAUGCUGCCCCAGUGCCAGCACCAGUGCAGGAACAGCCCGGGCAGCUACCGCUGCAUCUGCCCUCCUGGCUACCGGCUGCUGCCCAACGGGAAGAUGUGCCAUGAUGUGGACGAGUGUGCAGAGGGCACAAUCCAGUGUAGCUCCAGCCAGAUGUGCUUCAACACCCGUGGAGGUGCCCAGUGCAUGGAUGUGCCAUGCCCAGCUGGUUACCAGAGAGGCUCCAGCCCUGG